GAAUAAUCAAAAUCGCGGCGGCUCCCACUCGCGCGCACUCAUUCUCUCUCUCUCUCUCUCCAUCGCCUUCGUCCUUCGUCCAAGACAUUCGCCCGUUUCUUCUCCGGUUUCGCGCCACGGCUCAUCGAUCGGAUCCGCCACGACACGACACGACGGCGGCGGCGCCGGCUGCGAGGAAUGACGUGAAUUUGUCGAGCGCGAUCCGCCCUCCGUCGCUCGCGGCAUGGCUUGCCGCCUCCCUCUCUCGCCUUCCGUCCUCCUCCUCCUCCUUCACGCUUGCUUGCUCGGCUUCGGUUUCGUCGCCCAUGGCGAAGCGAAUCGCAGCGCGCCUCGUCUGACUCCCAUCGACCUCGAUCUCUAUCAUUCCAGUACUCAUUUGAUGGACGAGAUAAAGUCUUUGGUUCACCGUCAUCCAGAUAAACUUUCUAUGAAUAAUAUUAGAAGUGGAAAUAGAGGUUAUCGAGCAGAGCUAGCCAUUGUUACCUAUUGCCGGAAUAUUAGAGAAAGCAAUGACAAGUCGAAGUUUCGGAUUCUUCUUAGUUUUGGACAGCAUGGAAGGGAGCUCAUUACAUCUGAAGUGGCUUUGAGGAUAUUGUCAAUCCUGACUGAAGAACAAUUCUUACCAAAUGUAGAUUCAGUCUCUUUAAACAGUUUUCUCGACAAACUCAUCAUAAAGGUAGUCCCAAUGGAGAACGUAAAUGGCCGUAGACUUGUUGAAGCAGGAGAUCUUUGCGAAAGAAGAAAUGGGAGGGGAGUUGACUUAAACAGAAAUUGGAGUGUCGAUUGGGGCAAAAAGGAGAAGGAUUAUGAUCCAUAUGAAGAAAAUCCAGGAACUGGUCCUUUCAGUGAGCCAGAAUCUCAAAUUAUGCGGAAACUUGCAACUUCAUUCAAUCCUCACAUUUGGGUGAAUGUACAUUCAGGAAUGGAAGCUUUGUUUAUGCCCUAUGAUCACAAAAAUACAACUCCUUUGGGCUUGCCUUCUACUCAGAUGACCUUGUUGCUGAAGGAACUGAAUGUUCUUCACUGCCAGAAACGUUGCAUGAUUGGCUCUGGAGGAGGAUCAGUCGGGUAUCUGGCGCAUGGGACUGCCACAGAUUACAUGUACGAUGUUGUGAGGGUGCCCAUGGCUUUUACCUUUGAGAUCUAUGGAGAUGGAGCAGCAUCCCCGAGGGACUGCUUCAAGAUGUUCAACCCAACAGAUGUUAGGACUUACAAUAGAGUUCUCAGUGAUUGGUCGGCUGCUUUCUUCACAAUUUUCAAGCAUGGGCCCCGAUACCUAGACAAAAUCCACAUGAAAGACUCCAGACCGAGCUCAUUUGAAUCGAUCGAUGAGUACCUCAACGGGUACUUGAUGGACAGGAGCAGUAGGUACGGGAAGAAGAUGGAGGUGCUCGAUUUCGGUAUGCAAGAGAUAAGGACAUACUUCAGGCUCUUCCUGCUAUCGUUUGUGCUGCUAAUGUUCAUGUUCUGUUCUAGAAUUUCAAAGAGCAAGUUUAGUAGACCUGUUGUUCCAUCCAUGCCCGUAUGACACAGCAUGAUAUUGUCUCGCUUUCUUGUUUUGUUUUCUUUCUGCAUUUUCUGCUGGGAAUGGGUGGUUGAUCUACGUUGUAGUGCUAGAGGGAAGGUUGCCAAUUUUCAUUCCGUGCAAGUAUUUUUUUUUUGGUCCAUUUUGUAGAAGAUUUUGUAUCUGUUCAAGACGCAACAAUUUAAUUUAUAAGGACUGAACUUUGUAU